AUGGAUUCCAACUCUCAACUGGGUGAAAAUAGAGACACAGAAGAUACACAUCCAGAAACUUCUGAAUCCAUCAAUUCCAAUCAAAACGUUCCACACCUUCAAAAGACACAAAACCGCCAAAGUGAUAGAAUACCACCAUUUGCCAAUAUUCAAGAAUCACAACACCAGCAACAACAGCAGCUGCUACUACCUCAACAACAGCCACAACAGCCACAAAACCAAUACGCUGACUAUGGUAAAUUCCAACCACAUUUAUCGUUGAAUCUGGUACUCCCACAACAACAAUUUUUGCAACCGCAACAACAGCUGCAAACUUACUCCGCCUCACAACACGAUUUAAAACCACGUCAACCACCGGUUUCACAAUCUGUACUGUUUUCAAUUCCUAUUCCUCAACCACAACCUCAUUUGGCACCAUUGCAAACACCAAAUUAUGUACCCAAUUCUUACCAACCAUUCCAUAUACAGAGUCCAUAUGCCUCCAUCGCUCAACCACCACACUUUGGUCUGUUCACAACCCACGGGUUGCCUCAACCGAGAAGUCGUCACUCCUUGGAUUCUAAGCUUGGUGACAGUCAAGGCAGUACCGGCACACCUUUAAGUUACAAUCAUGAGAGGGGGCCAUCAUCCUCAACAACUUCAUUGAGCACGACGCAUCAACACCCGGGCAUUGUUUCUUAUGAGCAAGGAGAGCACAACUUAGGGACUGAAAACUCAUCCUUGACUACAGGUGGCUCUAAUACCACUGGAGCUUAUACUCAUAAUGCAAUUCACCCAUUCGCAAUUUCCAGUAGAGGCUCAACCUCCUCAUUCUUAACUCCAUUUGACUCUGGAAUUCUCAAUGCAAAUCAGAAAUCUGUUGUAUCUCAAUGCACUAGAUGCAAGAAGGACUUUGUUCAAAUAGUCAACAUUCCAACUGAAGGUGGCAAUGAUAUGAAUGGUAAAGCUGCCGGUGGUGGCCAAACAAAGUUGUUCAAAAUGUGUGCCCAUUGUCGUGAACUUCAACGCCAAAGGUCUAGAAGAUGGCAAAUGAAAACAAAGGAUAGAAAAGGGUUUUGCCGAAGAUGUGGCACUGAAAUUCCAGUAAAGGACCAAAACUUUGUCCUUUGUGCUAAUUGCAGACUGAAUCUACGAACACGGAAAUCCGACCGAUCUUUACAAGGUAGAUGCAUUAAUUGUUCUAGUCUGAUGGACAGUGAGAGCAAUACUCCUGAUGGACUGUUUCCAAAGGAUAUUAAAGACCCUAGACCCUCCUCAUCCAAGCCGACCCAUCGGGUGUGUCUGCAUUGCAGGGGAAAGGAUAAGCAUAGACGAUACAAAUUGGAACAGAUGGGAGUUUGCAAUCGUUGUGCCAAGACAUUGGAUCCGCAUGAAUAUGGAGAAUAUAAGCUCUGUGCUGAGUGUAGAGAAAAGAAGAGACAAUAUGGCCAAAGGGAGAAGACAGGGCAGGGUAAUAGCAAUGAGGAACCAUCAUACAACAGCUAUACUACACACCCUGUGCAUUCCCAACCAUAUGCAAAUCAGUAUUACACACCCUAUCCACAAUACGGUAGCCAUAACAAUCACAAUCUUUCAAGCGUGCAGUUACUAUACCCGGCUCAUCAAGCAGGACCUUAUAUGCAACAAUAUGUAUCUUCACAACUGUUUCAGCCAAACACACAACAACAACAUCCUAUGGGGUACCUGCAACCACUACCACCCCCGCCACUACUACACCAGUCUUCGUAUUUAGGGCAAUUGCAACCUUCCAUGCAAGCUUCGUCUAGUCAAGAACCUCCACAGCCCCGAGAACCAAGAGCAGAGGAUCAACAUCAGAAUACACUGGGUCAAGGGCAAGAUUUUUACGGUGCUACAGAAAGUCAUGAUUCAGACAGACGCCUGUAG